AUGGACUCAACAAAUAUUAAACGGGGGCUAAGCAAUGAGAACAGCAGUGCACACAGUGCCGAGGGGAAGGGGGAAGUGACACCGACUGGAAAGGAGGCAGAACUGCAGGUGGGGGGGAUGCACACGGAUGUGGAUACGAUUGAGGGUGGCACAGCUAAAGAUGCGCAAAGACAAAAGGGGCGGAAAGGGGGGACCCAAGAGCAAGGCGAUAGUAGAGAGGCGAGCUUCAAAAGGGAGAGCGACCUGACGGAUGACCAGCGAACCGACCGGAAGAAGAGCCAAGGACAGAGUGAAAACCCCACCAUUCGCAGCGACGUCGAAUUUCACAAACUGUACGAAAGCGAUGACAACAAUUUUGUGUCCCCCCGGCACAGCUCCACUAGCGAAUCUGUAAAAAAAGAGGACCUAAACAAAGAGAGAAAAAAAAAAAAAAACAACAACAUGAUGCUUAACACAACCAUGUUGCAGUCAUACAUUCACAGAAGCUACGACAAAGUAUCGAAUGCUUUUAUUAAAACGUCCAAAUCGUUGCUCAAGAGGACGAAUAAUAACAUUGCCUAUUUGGAGGACGGGGCAGACAGGGGGGAAGCACGUCCAAAAGGGGGAAGCUCCAGCCAGGUCGAUGCGAGAAGCAAAGUUAAAAACGCCAGGGUAAGACUUCUCAGAAAUUGUCUUAUCGGAUCAGCAAAUCGGAUGGAAAGUCAAACGGCGAGUUUAUCGAAUGAUCUGUCAGCCUGUCAUGAGCCCGACGAGGAUACCUUCUUCACCGAGAAUUUCGACCUAAUAAAUAAAACGUUAAGAGAAGAUAAUAAGUGGGGGGAGGAGAAUAAAGAGCGAAUGAUGGGAAAGUGCAAAAACCUACUCGAAAGCAAUGACACCGUGAAGUUGUACAACGAAAUUGAUGACCUCUACGAGGAGAGGAUUCUUCUCGUCAAAUUUAUUAACUACUACAUGGAUAUAAAUGAGAAGCACCAACGUGAACUCCAAAAAAUCCAGACGUCCUACGAGAUUCUGCUCACAGAGAAUGAGCAGCUCAGUCAGAACAACAUCACGCUGAAGAGGCACAUUGAUUUGUUGCGCUCAGGGGAUACACACGCGCCAUGA